CAGGCGCGGCGGGAGGGGGUCGCGGUGGGGGCUCCCUCCUCAGCGCUUUCCGCCCUUCUCCAAGCUCGCUCGGGUCGCGGCGCUCUCGGCGGGCGGCAGCGGCGGCGGCGCAGAGAGGAAGGCGUCCAGGAUGCGGCGCGGGGCGGCCCGGUGCCCCCCUGACCCGUCACGGCAGCCGCGGCGGCCGCGGGGACCGGGCCAGGGCCGGGGGCGGCGGCCCGAGCCGCGGUAGCGGCGGCGGCGGGAGGGGCAGCCUGAGGGCGGACGGGCGGGCGCCCUGGUGCGGGGGCUCCGCACUCCGCACGGCCCGGCCCGGCUCGGCCCCGGCGCCAUGAGCGGCGGCGGCGGCGGCGGCGGCGGAGGGGGCUCGGCGCCCAGUCGUUUCGCCGACUACUUUGUCAUCUGCGGGCUGGACACCGAGACCGGGCUGGAGCCGGACGAGCUGUCGGCAUUAUGCCAGUACAUACAGGCUUCUAAAGCCAGGGAUGGUGCCAGCCCUUUCAUUUCCAGUACGACUGAAGGAGAAAAUUUUGAGCAGACACCACUGAGACGAACAUUCAAGUCCAAGGUCCUUGCCCGAUACCCUGAGAAUGUAGAAUGGAAUCCCUUUGACCAAGAUGCAGUGGGAAUGCUAUGCAUGCCCAAAGGGCUGGCAUUCAAGACCCAGGCUGAUCCCAGGGAGCCCCAGUUCCAUGCCUUUAUUAUCACAAGGGAGGAUGGCUCUCGGACAUUUGGGUUUGCCCUCACAUUUUAUGAGGAGGUGACUAGCAAACAGAUCUGCAGUGCAAUGCAGACCCUCUACCACAUGCAUAAUGCUGAAUAUGAUAUCCUACAUUCUCCGUCUGCUGAUGGGCAAGAUGACAGUGGCAUGGACGAUGGUGAAGGCACUCCUGGGACUAAGCUUCAGCGCUUCAACUCCUAUGACAUUAGCCGGGACACGCUCUACGUCUCUAAGUGCAUUUGCCUCAUAACACCCAUGUCCUUCAUGAAAGCAUGCCGGAGUGUGCUGGAACAACUUCACCAGGCAGUCACUUCACCUCAGCCCCCUCCACUGCCCCUUGAGAGCUACAUAUACAAUGUACUCUACGAGGUGCCACUUCCACCUCCUGGCCGGUCCUUGAAAUUUUCUGGAGUUUAUGGGCCAAUAAUCUGCCAGAGACCAAGUACUAAUGAGCUUCCCUUAUUUGACUUUCCUGUCAGAGAGGUCUUUGAACUGCUUGGGGUGGAAAAUGUGUUUCAGCUUUUUACUUGUGCUCUUCUGGAGUUUCAAAUCCUGCUCUACUCACAGCAUUACCAGAGAUUGAUGACUGUGGCGGAGACAAUUACAGCUCUCAUGUUUCCUUUCCAGUGGCAGCAUGUCUAUGUCCCUAUUCUCCCGGCUUCUCUCCUACAUUUUUUAGAUGCUCCUGUUCCAUACCUGAUGGGCUUGCAUUCCAAUGGCUUGGAUGACAGGUCAAAGCUGGAGCUGCCUCAAGAGGCUAACCUCUGCUUUGUGGACAUUGACAACCACUUCAUUGAGCUGCCAGAGGACCUGCCUCAGUUUCCCAACAAAUUGGAGUUUGUCCAGGAAGUCUCUGAGAUUCUCAUGGCAUUUGGCAUUCCCCCUGAAGGAAAUCUUCAUUGCAGUGAGAGUGCCUCCAAGCUGAAGAGGCUUCGGGCCUCUGAGCUUGUCUCUGACAAGAGGAAUGGGAACAUCGCAGGCUCCCCUUUGCAUUCCUACGAGCUCCUCAAGGAGAAUGAAACUAUUGCCCGGCUGCAAGCCUUGGUUAAGAGGACUGGUGUGAGUCUGGAAAAGCUGGAAGUACGUGAAGACCCCAGCAGCAAUAAGGACCUGAAGGUUCAAUGUGAUGAAGAAGAACUGAGGAUUUACCAGCUAAACAUUCAGAUCCGGGAAGUUUUUGCAAAUCGUUUCACUCAGAUGUUUGCAGAUUAUGAGGUGUUUGUUAUUCAGCCCAGCCAGGAUAAGGAGUCCUGGUUUACCAACAGGGAGCAGAUGCAAAACUUUGAUAAAGCAUCUUUUCUGUCAGACCAGCCUGAGCCAUAUCUGCCCUUCCUCUCAAGAUUCCUAGAGACCCAGAUGUUUGCUUCUUUCAUUGACAACAAAAUCAUGUGUCAUGAUGAUGAUGAUAAAGACCCUGUACUCCGUGUAUUUGAUUCUCGAGUAGACAAAAUCAGGCUGUUGAAUGUUCGGACACCUACUCUUCGUACAUCCAUGUACCAGAAGUGUACCACUGUGGAUGAAGCAGGGCAAGAAGAGGGGAAGGUUGAUGCCAGCGGUAUUUUCCCUCUUGUUUCAGAAAACAAAAGCUUUCCCAGAAAUUCCCAACAACUUCUGUUGUCUCAUAGGCUACAGACAUGUUCUAUGACCAUCCUUAAGUGCAAGGGAGGCUGUGAAAAGAAAGCAAUUGAACUGCGUCUGGCAAAAAUUGACCAUACUGCGAUUCACCCCCAUUUACUUGACAUGAAGAUUGGACAAGGGAAAUAUGAGCCAGGCUUUUUCCCUAAGUUGCAGUCUGAUGUGCUUUCCACUGGGCCAGCCAGCAACAAGUGGACAAAAAGGAAUGCCCCUGCUCAGUGGAGGCGGAAAGAUAGGCAGAAGCAGCACACAGAACACCUGCGUUUAGAUAAUGACCAGAGAGAGAAGUACAUCCAGGAAGCCAGAAAUAUGGGCAGCACCAUCCGCCAGCCCAAAUUGUCCAACCUCUCCCCGUCAGUGAUUGCUCAAACCAACUGGAAGUUUGUAGAGGGCCUGCUGAAGGAGUGCCGCAACAAGACCAAGAGGAUGCUGGUGGAGAAAAUGGGCCGAGAGGCUGUGGAGCUAGGGCACGGGGAGGUGAACAUCACAGGGGUGGAGGAGAACACCUUGAUUGCCAGCCUUUGUGACCUCCUAGAAAGGAUCUGGAGUCAUGGGCUACAAGUAAAGCAGGGGAAAUCAGCCUUGUGGUCCCACCUGUUACAUUAUCAGGAAAACCGGCAGAGAAAACUCACAUCAGGAAGCCUCAGUACCUCAGGAAUACUUCUUGAUUCAGAACGGAGGAAGUCUGAUGCCAGCUCAGUCAUGUCUCCCCUGCGAGUCUCCCUCAUUCAGGAUAUGAGGCACAUCCAGAACAUCGGGGAAAUCAAGACUGAUGUUGGAAAGGCUAGAGCGUGGGUGCGAUUGUCAAUGGAAAAAAAGUUACUUUCCAGACACCUGAAGCAGCUUCUCUCAGACCAUGAGCUCACCAAAAAGUUGUACAAGCGCUAUGCCUUCCUGCGCUGUGACGACGAGAAGGAGCAGUUCCUCUAUCACCUCCUCUCUUUCAAUGCCGUUGAUUACUUUUGCUUCACCAAUGUCUUCACAACUAUCCUGAUCCCGUACCAUAUCCUGAUCGUACCGAGCAAGAAGCUGGGGGGCUCCAUGUUCACCGCCAACCCAUGGAUCUGCAUCUCUGGAGAACUGGGUGAAACACAGAUCCUGCAGAUUCCCAGGAACGUGUUAGAGAUGACUUUUGAGUGCCAGAACUUGGGGAAGCUCACUACGGUACAGAUAGGCCAUGACAACUCUGGACUGUAUGCCAAAUGGUUGGUGGAAUAUGUGAUGGUCAGGAAUGAGAUCACAGGACAUACCUACAAGUUCCCAUGUGGCCGGUGGUUGGGAAAGGGCAUAGACGACGGGAGCCUGGAGCGGGUCCUGGUUGGGGAGCUGCUCACGUCCCAGCCUGAGGUGGAUGAGAGACCGUGCCGGACCCCGCCCCUGCAGCAGUCCCCUAGUGUCAUCCGGAGGCUCGUUACCAUCUCACCCAACAACAAGCCCAAGCUGAACACUGGGCAGAUCCAGGAGUCCAUCGGGGAGGCAGUCAAUGGAAUUGUGAAGCACUUCCAUAAGCCUGAGAAAGAGCGAGGCAGUCUGACGCUGUUGCUCUGUGGAGAAUGUGGCCUUGUCUCGGCCCUGGAACAGGCUUUCCAACAUGGAUUUAAAUCCCCUCGGCUCUUCAAAAAUGUCUUCAUUUGGGAUUUCUUGGAAAAAGCACAAACCUAUUAUGAGACUUUGGAGCAGAACGAACUUGUCCCUGAGGAAAACUGGCAUACAAGGGCCCGGAACUUCUGCCGAUUUGUCACUGCAAUCAAUAAUACUCCCCGGAACAUUGGCAAGGACGGCAAGUUUCAGAUGCUGGUGUGCUUGGGAGCCAGAGAUCACCUCCUACACCACUGGAUUGCCCUGCUGGCCGACUGUCCCAUCACCGCACACAUGUAUGAAGAUGUGGCGCUCAUCAAAGACCACACACUUGUCAAUUCCUUGAUCCGCGUGCUGCAGACAUUGCAGGAGUUCAACAUCACGCUGGAGACGUCCCUUGUCAAGGGUAUCGACAUCUGACCUCCCAGCACCAGCUAGCAGUAGGACCGAGAGAGACUCACCCUGCAGCUCUGACCCUUCUACCCAAAGGGAUUUAAGCGAGUUGAGCAGGAGACGGAGAGGAGAUGUACACUCACUGUAAAAAGAAAAGUAGAGGAUUUUUGGAAUAAAUAAUCUAUUUUAGAGUUUAUUUGCUGAUUUGCUUUUUACACACUUUCAUGUGAAAGAGUGAUAGGGAGAGGGAGACGAGGUUGGUGCCGCUUAUUUUGAAGCUGGUGCCCUCCCUCGCCGUGGCCGCUGCUGGGAGCCUGCGGCCUCCCCAGACUGAGCCUGCGUCGCGGGCGGGGCAGUUCUGCUUCCUCACUGCGCUGGUCAUGAGGCCAUUCCACAUUGUUUUUAAACUAAUGUUUUCUAGAUUAACAUUGUUACGGAUAUUUGGCUUUCACCAGCCACACACAGGUGUGCUGGGUGGGAAGCCCCAAGCUCCAAUCAAAGGGAUUUUUAGUAGUGCCUCUGUAAGCACUGAUGAGUCAGUCCCACAUCUUUUCUGUUUCUGUCAGUAUUAUUUGGAACGGAGACAUGCCGGGAUGCACCAUCAUGCAGAAGAUCAUGCUUCCUCUUGGCACACAGCUGCACAGAAGUAAACAUAAGCAUGUCUUAACAGGGUUUCUUUUUCUUUUUUUUCCUAUUAUUUAUUUAACCCUCCAUUGUGUGUUUUAAGUCUUUCUUUUUCUUUUCUUUUUUUCUUUUUUUAAAGAAGGAAAAAGCUUGUCACAGUCUAACUGGCUAUGUUAUUAUUGUUAAAUUUAUGUUGUUUUGCGACCUAGAAACCAGCUACAGUAUGGCCCACUUAAUAAAACACCUGAAACAAAA